UUCCCCGCCCCCCUGAGUAGUUGCGGGCUUGCAGGGCACAGCAAGUGCCAGGGCUGCCCUCUGCCCUCUUUCCUCCCUAGUGCACGCCAAGGAGGGUCCCUGGGGCCACAGCGACAGCUCCCUCAGCAGCGAGAACCCCUACGCCACCAUCAAGGACUGUCCGGGCCCUGCGGGGAAGGUGCCCGAGGGCAGCUACAUGGAGAUGAAGUGCCCCCCGCCCUCCAAGCGGGAGAUCAGCCUCUUUGAGGAGCCCUCCUGCAGCUCCCAGACCAAGGAAGAGGAUGGCUCAGCUGCAGCAGAAGGCGUCUCGCAGGGGACUCCAGCCGUGCCCCCCAACCACUACGACUCUCCCAAAAACAGCCACAUCCCCAGCCACUACGAUGUGCCCCCUGUGCGGCACUACCCGCCGUCGCCCCCACUCCGAAGACAAGCCCGAUAAGGCUUCCGCCUGCUCGCCGCUGCCUCUCCUGCACCCUCCAACUGGGGAGGACCGAGAGCCAGGAUGGCCGGUGCCUUUGGGCCAAGAUUAACUAUGGAAAAAGGUGGCGGGUAGAGACCCUCCGUGAAGGGAGCCAGCGGACACGCCUGGCCAGACUUUGGGGUUGGGGGGCUGCCAAGAGAGGGGAGCAAGCCUGGACUCCGGACCUCCCUCCCUCCCUCCCCCCCUUGCCAAAGGGAGCACUGGUCCCUCCAGGGAAAGCUACGAGCAACAGGGUGGGGGCAUCGCAGGAAGACGACC